AUGCUGCCCGCUCGUCAGGAGCAAUGCCAAUACUGUCUCCGUUCAUUUGCGCUCCGUGGUUUGAAGAAACACGAGACCUCUUGCAAGCGAAAGCUUGAUGAGGAGCAGGCUGAUAUGCUUUAUGAGCAGCAAUUGUUCAGAACAGGUUUAGCGGAAACGGUCGUUACCGUACCCUCAGGGGAAGAUAUCGCCGUUUUUAUUGAUAACCAUCUGUCGGAAAAUCAAGAACAUCAAGAGCUUACCUUUCCACUUGAAGCUCAGGAAGAACGUGUUCAUGGCACAUCUGAAUACAAACUUGACGACAUGCGAACGAUCUACCACCCGUCCAGUGGGCGACUAACACGGAUCGAUCAUUUUGAUGACUAUCGCUCGCGUCCUGCAUUCCAACAUGCGGAACCGCCUAUUGACCCACAUCCAUGGCGACCAUUUGCAUCACGUUAUGACUUUAAGCUUGCUGAAUUCAUUCUUGAUGCGGCUCUUACUGAGAAGCAGAUGAAGACUAUGUUCAGACUACUGAACCCGGAGGCAGAAAGCAACCAAGGCAUUAAAUCCAGCAUCCGUAGCCUGAAGGAGUUCAAAGAUCAUUGGGAUCGUGCAGCCAAUUUGAUUACACCAUUUGAGAAGUCGACGGUUACUGUACCACUCCGGGGUAAAGACUAUACCUUUGAUGUUUACCGGCGAGAUCUCUGGACCUGGGCAUUGGAUUUGAUUCAGGAUCCACUUCUGGAGCCACACUUUGUUUGGGAUGCUGUUCAGCUUUCAAAGUGGAAUGGACAGGCUUUCGAGCGGUUCAUCGAUGAACCGUGGACAGCGCAAGCUUUUUGGGAUCUACAGACAGCGCUCCCAAAAGGCGCAAAAGUUCUUUGUUACAUUAUAUAUGCUGAUAAAACACGUCUUUCUUCUUUCGGUACAGCUCAAGGUUAUCCUGUCAUUGCCCAUUGUGGAAAUCUGAAGAUUGACAUACGAAAUGGGAAUGGUGUUGGCGGUGGACGUGUCGUUGGGUGGCUACCAUUGAUAAAGGAGGAAGCAAAGUUCAAGAGGAAGGUUUAUUAUGUAGACUUCAAGCGCCGCGUGUGGCAUGCUGCCUUCAGAUUUAUCCUCGAACCGCUAGUUGCACCAAGCAAAGUAGGAGGUUGGGUUCAUCUUGCCUUAGCGAACGUAGAUCUCCAGGUUUUUCCCCGAUUGCCAAUCAAAAGCUGUGAUUAUGAAGAGGCGAAUUUUGUUGUCCUUAUUCGAGGUUCCGGUGGUCUGAAACCAUGCGUCGUCUGUAUGGUACCUAAGGCAGAACAGUAUUGUCUAGAUAUCAAAUACGAGCUACGGACAUCAAAGCAAACUCAAGAAAUACUUGCAGAUGCUGCUGCCAUUCCAAGGAAGGACGCUCGGAACAAGUUUCUGUCUAGCUUUGGCUUGAGAAAUAUUGAGGUCACCGAAUCUUUAGUUUGCGUUGUCUUCUUUGAACUGACCAACUUGAAUAGAAUGCCUUUUGGGACAUCAAAGACUGGCGAUCCGUUCCGCACACUUUCCUUUGAUCGUCUUCAUGCUUAUGAUAAUGGCCUUUUCGGAGAACAUCUCAGACGUGAAAUCGUUUCCCGGAUUGAAGCCUUAGGCGUGGAAUCUAUAGGUCAGGCAGACGAUCAAAUUAAACGCUUUCCACGCUGGAGGAAUCUAUAUCACUUUGAAAGCGGUUUUAUGGCGGUCCAUUUCGCUGAUGGCGGAAAGUAUGAAGAUCUGUCUAAACACAUCCUUUUUGUCACCCAUAAUCUCCUCACUGAGACCAAGGACAAGCAUGGAUAUCAUUUGCUGAAAUGUGUCCGAAGCUAUAUAGAGCUUCAUAUGUACACGGGCUUCAACCUCCAUACUGAGCGUAGCAUACAAGCCAUUCAGAAUGAGCUUCUCAGGUUUUCAGCACUCAUAAGGGAGUACGAACAACUCACACGGUCGAUUAAUCCGGGCGCGAAAUCAUGGAACUUCCCCAAAGUCCACUCUCACCAGCAUGUCGUUGACGAUAUCUUGCAAAAGGGUGUCACGCUGAACUACAAUACGAAGCCCAACGAGAAAAUGCAUGGCCCUCUAAAAGACGCAUAUCAGUUAUUCUACGUGUCGAUUCGUGGUCAAAUCGACUUACACGAUGAGCAACUGCAGAUGUCCGAAAACGACGACUCCGAGCUAAAAGAUCAGGAUAAAUCAGCUUCCAAAUACUCCGGGAAAGUGACUUUACAUGGGCACCGUGGUAAAGGGGGUGGGGUCUUCAAAAUCGGAGAAAUCAGGGCUUUGAAGGCAGGCGACCCGGCGUUCAAGGGUUUUCAAACACGUCUAUCAUCCUUCAUGUCGAUGGAGAAAGGUAGUAUUCAAGACAUUCAAGCAACACGAAGAGAUUCAGCUAUACGGCCUUUUGAAAGAAAAACGUUUCCUCUCGCCCUUGUCCGUCCUCUCGAUGAACCCGUAGGCACAACAACUGCAAAGCUAGACAAGGACCUUGGCUUUUAUCGAGUCCGUGCACGAAAGAAAGAAAAAUCAGUAUUUGUAUCCGUCUACAUGAUUAUUCGAGGGGCGCUCUUGGUUGAAGAUUUUGGGGCCAAGCCAGGCGAUGGAUUCAAGGAGUAUUUGAUUGUUGAUAGCAUUGACAGCGAUAUGUUUCUCAGGAUGAAAUCCCUCAAGUAUACUGGUGGCCGUGAUUGA